AUGCGGUAUCAAGCACUUGCUACACUCUUUGUGCUGACAGCCAACUGGGCCAAUGCCCACUCAUGGGUCGAACAACUCGUCAACAUUGCCCCUAAUGGCUCGUAUGUGGCUAGCUUUGGCUAUCCGCGAGGGUUUGUGGACAAGACUGCCGACGGUAGCUUCGACCAGGAGGCCAACGAAUGGCUCCUGCCGCCGGCACGCACCCCGCCCUUCAUAAACGAAGCAGACCUUCUUUGCCACCCGUCUCAACGAGUCCCCAACCAGGCAGGCAGUUUUUCUCGUCUGCAGUCCAGUCCGGGCAACGUGAUUGCGAUACGUUAUGCUGAGAAUGGUCACGUCACCGUGCCGGGCGGUGGAAUCGGUCUUGUGGGGAAGCCAGAAAAGGGCGGUACGGUGUUUGUAUUUGGCACAAAGCAGCCACGUCCCGAUGAGACUCUUCAGAAUGUAUUGCAUUGGACGCAUGAUGGCAAAGGAAGUGAUCGACGUGGCAGACUACUGACCUCCCAGAACUUUGACGACGACAGGUGCUACCAGCUUAGGGCUGACCAUACAGCGUUGGGCGAAGCCCGUCGGUUGCAGACACCAAAUCCACGCCCUGAACAGCCCGGCUCAGACCACGAAUUGCUCUGCGAGACGAACGUGAGACUGCCGGAUGAGGUCACCGUCGGGCAGCCCUACACCCUCUAUUGGGUGUGGCAAUGGCCCACAGCACCUCAGCCAGAUCCAAGUCUUUCCAAUGGGCAGGACGAGUACUACACAUCGUGCAUCGAUGUGGACAUUGUCCCUGACUUGCCGCUGGGCCAAAGUGGCACCGUGCUCCACGACCAGGAUCCUAUGACCACAGCCGUGCCAAACUUCGAGUCUCGCACUGCGCUGACGGUCGACCCGCUAGCAUUGUCUUCACAGGCGAGCUUUGGGCGACCCACUGGGACCAGCAGUCAACCUCCUGCUGUCGACCAGGCUGUCACAGCCUUGCAUCCUAGACGAACGUCUACAUAG